UGUGCUCUGGCCCGUAGAGAUGUGUACAGGAGGAGAAGGGAACGGAUUGCUAACCGAGCUAGCCGGAUCCUCCCGAUUAUAGAAACACGGCUGAGCGUGCUCAUGUUGCACACGGUACGAUUACAUCCGUGAAAAACAAAAAGCCCGCUUUGGACUACCUGCCUCGCUGCUACAAAGAAGGGGCCACGGUACUUGUUUUUGGACGGAAUAACAAAGCCGGUCCGUGAGGAUUGCAGUUAGCUGGCCUAGCCGGACCCGGGAGCUCGUCUCCCAAAACAAGAAUGGGGUCUAGGUCCACUCGGAUUAGCUCGCUAGUGAAGUGACCUUUGAUUGUGUUCUCUGAUGGCAAAUUUCACGAAUUACCAGGAAGGCAAGGCAGCGAUGUUGAUGGUGGAGACGCAGCAGAGGGACGUGGGUACGAAAUCCGCGGCCACAACCGCGAACGGAGACUGCUCGGUCGGGGAACCCCCUUCCCCGUUAAUUAAUAUCGGCGGCGGCGGAGGAGGCGGCGGCGGCGGCUCCCGCUUCCAUCAACAUUUGCCGCCCUCCAACCACCACCACCACCCACCAAAGGAUCAGCACCAUCACUACCAGCUGGCUCCGCAGCAGCUUCUUCCCGGGGAAACCCUCGCAGAGUCCCCGGGAAGGAAAGCCUCCUCGUCGUCUCUCAGCCAGGUACACACCGCCGAGGACCCCGCCGCGUCCUCCGCCGCGUCCUCCGCCGCUAGCAGCAGCAGCAGCAGCCAUGUAUACGCAGCUGUGAGCGUCGCUAAUACCUCGGACGUUGUGGAUGAUAUUCGGAAAUGUGGCUAUUUAAGAAAGCAGAAGCACGGACACAAGAGGUUUUUUGUGCUCCGGGCUGCCAGCCACCUCGGUCCCAGCCGGCUGGAGUACUACGACAGCGAGAAGAAAUUCAGGAACAGCCUGCGCUCCGCUGCCGCGGCCGCCGCCAGCGGUGGCGCGGUCGCCCCUUCUCCCCCGAAAAGGGUUAUUUACCUCUACCAGUGCUUCACGGUAAACAAAAGGGCGGAUUCCAAAAACAAACACCUCAUUGCCCUUUAUACUAAGGACGAGUACUUUGCCAUUGUGGCUGAAAACGAGCAGGAGCAAGAGGACUGGUACGUAGCUGUCAGUGAGUUGAUGUGUGAGGGCAAAAAAGGGCACGUGGAUUCAGAUGAUCUAGAUGAUGGGUAUGGUACUGUCACCCCUGGUACUGUGUUUAAAGAAGUGUGGCAGGUGAAUGUGAAACCUAAAGGACUUGGUCAAACUAAAAACCUCACAGGUGUUUACCGGCUAUGCCUCUCAACUAAAACCAUUCACCUCGUAAAGUUAAACUCUGAGACCCCGUGUGUUAACCUUCAGCUGAUGAACAUCAGGCGCUGUGGACAUUCAGAAAGCUUCUUCUUCAUUGAGGUCGGCCGCUCCUCUUCUAUCGGGCCCGGGGAGAUAUGGAUGCAGGUGGAUGAUUCUGUUGUGGCCCAAAACAUGCACGAGACCAUCUUGGAGACCAUGAAGUCCCUGAAAGCUUUUGCAGAGUUUCGUCCCCGGAGUAAAAGCCAGUCAUCAGGCUCCAACCCCAUGCCUUUUAUCACGACGCGGCGCCACCUGGGAAACCUGCCACCGAGCCAAACGGGACUGCAGCGGCGGUCGAGGACGGAGUCAGUCGUCGGCACGCCGCCGUCAAGUAAGAGCUCCGGGGCUAGUGGUUAUCGCUUCCGAACAUCCAGCGAGGGUGAGGGGACAAUGAACCGGCCGUUCCGCUCCGCCACAGGAAGUCUGGUUCACCUUAACUCUGCACGUGCCCAUCACAGUCGCCCGGAAGGGGGCGGCAGCAGCACCGGAAGCGGUGUUGCCACAGGAAAUGCUGGCACGAGCACAUGCAGCGCACGCUAUGUCAGAGCCAUCCAGGGGUCGACGUCUGCCUACCACGCCCGCUCUGCCUCGCUGCCAGUCUCCCACUUCCCCUCCACCACCAGCCCGGUGAGCGUAUCCUCCAGCAGCGGCCACGGCUCCGUCUCCGACACGCUCACCCGCCCAUCGAGCGCCUCGAUAUGCGGCUCCCCAUCGGACGGCGGCUUCAACUCUUCAGAUGAGUAUGGAUCCAGUCCUGGUGACUUCCGGUACUUCAGGGUGCGGAGUAACACGCCAGACUCCCUGGGCAACACGCCGCCAAUCAGAGAAGAGAACUGCUUAAAUGAUUACAUGGCCAUGGGCUGGAACCGGGAGGUGUUCGGCACUAGUGGGGGCUCUGGAAACAACAGCGGAGGUGACACACCACGGGAUGAGAGCACGUCAACAACAGAGGAUGAACGCUUUUCUUCAUCAUCAUCAUCAUCGCUAAGGAGGAGGACGCACUCUUUCUCCAGACCGGCCGGUGGGGCAACUGGUGGUUCUGGAGUGGCGGUUUACCAGAAAAUGACCCAGACCAACUUCUCUUUGGACGAGGGGUCAGAUAUUGUGCUACCAUUUGGCAGUGGGCUGCUCCGUGGCGGGCCGUCCUCCUCCUCUUCCUCGCUCCGCUCUGACUACAGCUCCUGCUCCGAGCACAGCCAGCAGAGCCGUCCCUCCACGCUCUCCAGGACGGAGGCCGGUGGUGAACGCCCGCCGCUCUCCUCCUCCUCCUCAGCCAAGGAGGACAGCGGCUACAUGCCCAUGUUGUGCGGCGUGGCUGCGUCUUCGCAGGAAACUCCCCCCGACUACAUGCCUAUGCAACCCAGCUCUUACUCCCACCCCCUCUCCCAUUCCCCGCAGUUUCACAGUCCAGCUUUAGGUCACCGUUCAGCCCACCACCACCCCCAGCCCCAAUCUUCCACAGACUCCCAUGGCUACAUGAUGAUGCUCCCAGGGGGCAGCGGCAGCUCUCCUUCUCCAGGGCAGGCCCCCCCCAGCCCUCACAGUAGCUCCAGCAUGGCAGGUACCAGUGCGAGUGACAGCAUAGCAGAGAGACCUGAGAAUGGGGAAUAUAUGGACAUGUCGUACUGCAGCAGUGGGGGGCAAAAGCUCCCAAAUGAAGGGAGCGGUGGCUAUUACACAUCUGGCACACCAGAGGGUACCCCAAAGUCUUACAGCCCUUAUUUCUCCCUCCCUCGCUCUUACAAGGCCCCCACCAGAGAGAGGGAUGAGAAAGAAUAUGGGGAGUAUGUUCCUAUGAGUUCUCCUGCCAAGCCAGUCUUUUCAUCAGUUGCCACAGCUUCCAUGUCAACACCAGAGAAGAGGAGUGGGGGAGGUAGUAGCACCUCCACCCCCUCUCACCCACCCCCGCCUUAUGGAGCUCACCAUACGACCGCAGCAAUGGCAGACAGACGCGCCGCGAGGCCCAACCGCCUCCUUUAG